AGUAUUCGUUAAAUGAAAUCUGGUCACACUGUCGUGACGUCAAUGUCAUCUAGACGAUUGUUCUUGGUUGUUCAUAUUUAUAUACAGUAAAUAUUUCUUGAAAUACAUUUUAUUCAGAAUGUUAAAACCAAAAGCGCUAACACAAGUCUUAAGUCAAGCAAAUACAGGAGGCGUCGAAAACACAUUAUUAUUGAAUCAUCAGGGUGCGCUUUUGGCAUAUUCUGGAUAUAACGAUAAAGAUGCAAGAGUUACUGCUGCUAUUGCAAGCAACGUAUGGUCCGCAUAUGAGAAACAUGGUAGAAAUGUUUUUAAGGAAGAUAAGUUACAUUUGAUUUUAGUAGAUUGUGCGAAUGGGAAAAUAGCCGUAACUCAAGUUGCAAAUUUACUUCUAUGUCUAUAUGCAAAGGAAACAGUAGGUUUUGGCAUUUUAAAAGAAAAAAUAAACGCAAUAGCUCAGUACUUGGAGGGGCCCCUUAAGCAAGUCGCUAGUUCAUAAUGAGAUUUAUACAAAAAGAUUAUCAUAAAAAUAAAUUAAUUAAGAGUAAGUUACAGCUAAAUGUUUAAAAUUUUAAAACAAUAUAUUGGUGUGUCAACUAUUUGUUAUUUUGUUUAAGUUGUACUAAUUUCAUUCUUACUAUAUUAAUGCUUUGUAUAACUGUUACACAAAAAAUUUUGUGUUACAAAAUGUAUAGCUCUUUUUUCUAGUAAGUAUUUUGUAAAUAAAAUGUUUAGGCUAAAA